UUUAUUAUUUCCGAAAAACAAUCGAACAAAAAAUGUCUAAUGAAAAGAAUCCACUGCUGCGGGUCAUUCAUAAAGACCUGGAGCCCGGUGUUAUAAACGAUGAAAUGCUCGAACGAUUGAUACUGGAACAAGGAUUCAAAGGUGAAGCGGGAAGACUGGCACGCUUAGAACCGAUUGACUACGAAAAAGUUACCGUGCUUCGCAUUGAAUUCCAAAAUCUAUUAAAAAUCAAUCAUCUAUUUGUGCUAUGCAAUUUGAGAGAGUUGUCGUUGAAGUUCAAUAAAUUGGAUAAAAUUGAAAACAUUGAAAUGCUGACGAAGCUCGUUUCACUGGACUUGUCGUUCAAUUGUAUCGAGAAAAUUGCCAAUUUGAAUACGUUGACAAAUUUGGAGACUCUUUCACUAUUCAACAAUCAAAUUGUAACACUGGAAAACUUAGACAUAUUGGAAAAUCUGCUAAUAUUGAGUGUUGGUAACAAUCGCAUCAAUGCAUUGGAUGGGAUUGGAAGAUUGAGGUUUCUGAAAAAAUUGAGAGCGUUGAAUUUGGAAGGCAAUCCAAUUGCUGUUGCCUCGAAUAUGGCGACGCCGUUUAGAGUAUAUGUAGCCGCAAUUUUGCCUAAUUUAAAAUAUUACAAUUAUACGUACAUCUCCAAAGAGGAACGACACAACGGUCUGGAUGCUUACAAGGAUGAUAUCGCACAAAUAGAAGAAGAUCAAUUGGAAGAAAUACGUAAACGGGAACGUGCCGAACAGGAGUUAGCCGAUGAGAUUCGAUUAUCGUCCUGUUUCGUUGAAUUUUUGAAUGAGAAUCAAUUGUUCGAGUCGAUGUUUGAAAAUGACGAAAAUGGGAAGAUUUUGCGUUUGAUUGGCGAUGAAGCUGAAGAGUUGGUCAAUGACUACAAAAACGAAAUUUUCGAAUUGACGCAACAAAUCUACAAAACUGGUCUAGAGAAGCACGAAAGUCGACUCAAGGAAAUAGAUCUAUUUCAGGAGAGGGUGAACGUAACAAAAUCGAAAACGCAGAAGGAAGGCAUCGCAAUCGUUGAAGAGUAUCUAACAUCACUGAAAACUAUUUUUAAUGAUGCCAAGGUAUUGCUUCGUAAACUAAACAGUGAUGAUGUAUCGGUUGGAGAGGAGGACGAAACCAUCAUCACCAACGAGUACGACGAGCUAAGAAAGAAAUUCCAUACAAUGACCGACAAAACGUUUCACGAUUUAAUGCACAGCGAAAUCAAAUUAUUUGAAUGCAUCGAGGUCGCAUUCAAUGUGGACUUUAAACAGGUCAUCGACUCCAUGCUUACCCAGUUCAUAGAGCAUGCCCAAGGCAUAUUUGUUCAGAUGCGAAAUGCAGAAAUAAAUUUCUCGGGAGCUAUGCACGAAACGGUGACGAGAUACAUAACCAUGAAGGCAGUGGUCGCUGAAGAACAUACUGUUGCGAAAGAAUUGCAAGAGUGUUUCGAAGACAAAUCCAACAUCAGCAAAUUUAUUCUGGGUAGUCGUGAACACCACAUUUUGGUCAUCGAUACGCGAGAGGAAAGACUGAUAACUAGAGGUCGCAACUGGGUCAAUGAACUGAUUGCAAAGAUGCAAAACGACGAGGUAGACCGUAAUAGAGCCAAAAUUAUCGAAAUCAAUACGUUCCUCGACAAGCAACGAGAUCGAUUCGAACGUUUAUACGAAGAGGUUGAAAUGGAAAAAGAGAAGGAGAAAAUAAAAAUUUGAAACCAAUCUACCCGUUAACAGACGUCAAGUAUAUUUUUCAACUAAAGUUAUUUACACGUUGAUUGAACUACCUCCGAAGAACCUUGAUAAAUGUUU